CGCGAGCUCAUGCAAGUUUGUGCCGGUUCGUCCUUCGUACGAGUUCAGAGUUGUCUGGAGUUGUCUACCGCGUGCUCGGCUAUUCGCGACGUUGAUAGAACGGGAGGACAAAGUGACAAACUUGAAACGUGGACGAGUGACACGCGGAUUGCGGAUUGUCUUCUAUUUAUUCGCCUUUAGACGCGUUUACUUGCCACGGGAAUCGUACUCGAGCGAGACAUGAAGAAAAGCUUCACGCAGUGGCGCGAUGACUCCUCGAGUUACCGCGUCGAGGGCGAUUCCGUCGUCAUCUCCGACAGCGACGAGGAGGAUGUCGCCGGCAGUUCGAGAGAGAUUGACGAACGAGUAAUCAUCGACGAGAGCUACGAACUUGACAGUACCAACACGAUCGAAAACUCAACGCCAAAAAGAGAUAAACUCAGUAAUGAUGAUGAUACGCCAAUAGUUCACCGAUUCAGAAAUAGUAAAAGGAUAAAUAGAUUAGAUUUUUCUGAGGACAGUGAACAGACCAAUGACUAUGAAGAUAACGAAGAAUAUCAUACGAUUAGUGACUUCAACAAUUCCGAUUCAGAUUCUUACCUUUCACCGAUUAAAAACAAGGGUAAAAAAAGAAAAGACCUUACUCGUGAUAAUACCCGAGAAGACAUAAAAGAAUUAAAACCCAAUUCUUCUAGUGAUUCUCUAAUGAAUUUUAUUAAUAUUGAUGAUUUACACGAUCAAAAUAAUACUGACCAUAAAAUAGCAGACGUGGAGAAUAAUAAAGCACUUCUUGAUGUACCUGUGACUAUCGAGCUUGAUUCAGAUUCUACUUCUGGACAAAAUAGCGAUUCGGAAUUUGCAGCAUCUUUUGCAAAACAAGAAAUUGGUGUUGGAAAUAUCGAUCCGUUAAUAGCGCAGAAAAGAGCGAUUAUGGUUUGCAAAUUGGAGCAGCUUAAAAAUGAGUCUGUCAAAAUGAAGGUAAACAUGAGAUCCGACUAUAGUCGAGACAUUUGUCGACUGUUAGUCGGCUAUAAGUUGACAUUUAGUCUGACUUUGAAGUCGACUUUAGACUCCUUCUGCCGACUGACAGUCGACUUCGUGCUGUGUGGGCUAUUUGACAGUGGAGUUGAAUUUGACAUAUAUCCAUUUAUUUCCGUCGAUACAUUUGACGCGCUAAUCGAUAGUCUAGCUAGUUGCUUAUUCAUAGGUAUAAUCUAUAUAUCGUUGUUUACUGAUAAAGCGGCCGUUGAGGUAGAGGAAGAGAGGAUCCUCUCUGGUAGAGGUAUCCUUCUCCGACAUGGCUCUGAUUCAUGGAGCGUCCAACUCGCGACCAAUCAGGAAGCACGCGCAUGCGCAGUGGAUGAAAAACACCAGAGGCACAGACAUCCAGGGCCACGAGGAAAACCGACGACCCAACACACAAAAAUACCUCAAUCCUCUACCGAUUUGAUGCAAGAAUUCAAACCAAUUAAUGAAAAAGCAAGCAUAUAA